UACUGCCUUCGGUUCAACGACUACUACGAUAGUUUCAACAACCCCUACUGCAACCUCAAUGGCUCCGACUAGUGCAAUAGCAUCUACAACUCCUCCCAUCCCCUCAACAACUCCUAUGGGCCCUUCAACUACUCAGACGCCUGUGACUACUACAACGUCGCCGCCUGUUACGACCGCAACAUCAGUGGCUUCAACCAGUUUCCCACCGA